CAACAGAUCCCAUGGAAAGGGCGCCAAAGUUGAAUCUGUGCUUAGGCUUAUGUCUUGUUCUCAUCCAACUGCUCCUUCAUGUUGGCAACACGAUGGGAGAUGGAAGGAAACUCACCACCAACAAUGACACCAAUCCUGGAUUCAUAAGCAUUGAUUGUGGAGCCACUCAUGAUUACGUAGACAAGGACACGGGCAUAUGGUAUCAGACAGAUACAAAGUUUGUAGAAACUGGUACAAAUUCUACUGUUCUCCCAACUGUUAACCUUGAUUAUCCUUAUUUUGGGGGACUUCUAAGCACGUUGAGAAGCUUCCCAGAAGGAAAAAGGAAUUGCUAUAGCCUCAAACCAAAACAAGGCAAGAACCAUACUUAUCUCAUCAGAGCUUACUUUGCUUAUGGAAACUAUGAUGGUAAAAAUCAAACUCCAAUCUUCGACUUGUACCUUGGCGUCAAUCAUUGGGACACUGUUUACGUUGGAAAUAACAAUGAUGGUUAUCACAUUACUGAGAUUAUUCAUACCCCCACAACAGACACAGUACAUGUGUGCCUUGUAAAAACUGUUGUGGGAGUACCUUUCAUUUCUGCAUUGGAGCUUCGACCUCUCAGCGAUGCUAUUUAUCAAACAUCUUCACCUUCUCAAUCAAUUUUAAUCAAUCAAGGAAGAUUCGAUGUUGCCUCUACUAGUUCUGCCACACGCAGCAGGUACAAGGAUGACAUCUAUGAUCGUUUAUGGCUCAAACUCGACUCUCAGAACUGGAUCAAAGGAGAUAUAGAUAUUGAUCCUGCAAGAACGAACGAUUCUUAUAAAUUACCAGCACAACCUGUAAUUCUUGAAUACUUGAAGCCACAAACCGUUGUUCCUCAAAAUGCAAUUCUAGGCAAUGUCCGUUUUAAUAUUAGUGCAGCAUCUGAAUCUGAUGCUCCUCCAAUCCUCAAUGCUUUUGAGAUUUAUCAACUGAUAUCGCCAAUAUCAUCCCCAACUGAUGAAAGAGACGUAAAUGCUAUCAUGGAAAUCAAAGACACGUACAAGAUCUCCAAUUUAGAUUGGCAAGGAGACCCAUGUGUUCCAAAACUUGCUUGGGAUAGACUAAGCUGCCGUUCUGGUAUCAAUGGUAAAAAUGCUAGGAUCGUCUCAGUGUAA